AUAAAAAUUUGAGUAAAAACCGUCGCACAACGUUUGCUAAACUCAAUCCAACGUUCAAUCAGCGAUUUACAACUUAUGGGAAAGUUCUGAUUCAAUUUUUAAAGUCAGUAUAGCACCUAUUUGUGGCAGUUUAAAAAAUCCCCUUCAUCUCAAUAGAGAGACUAUCCGUAUCCAGUUAUUCCAGUUCGGAAGUCGUUGACCUACUUUGAUUGACUGGUUGCUGCAGCAGCUAGCAGCACACGUCAGUUUGGUCUGUUUGCCUUCGCCUUCGUCAUCGUUUUGGGAUUGUUUUUGAAUAGCGGAACAAAGCAAUGUGCCGAAAUUAGCAAACAAUUAUUAUUACCCGGAACGUGGGUGAUCACACUUCCUUCGCAAAGCUGCUGCGUACGGUUGGAAUCAGGAAAUUACAAAUUUUCCUUCAUCAAGCUUAAAUUAGUGUUCGGCACCGUCAUGCUAAUUGUGUUAGAUACAAUCUAUUGAGCAACAAUAGUUACCAGCUGAAAGCUUGUUACUAGAGUAGUUCGUGGUAGUCGAUUGCAAACAUCAAAAUAGUAAUCAACUUGUACCUACCUACUGUUUUCGCAGCUAGGCGGUGUUUCCCACAUCAAAAAUCGCAUUUUUAAAGCUGUGCGUUACACAAUGUCGACCACCACCGCGGCAGCUACUGGUUGCUUCGAACGGCGUGGGAAGUUCUCGGUUUGAGUUCAGUUGAACUUGUUUUGUUUUCUGCACUUGGGAAGGCAGAAACUUUGCUCCAUUUCAUUAGAAAAAACAACGGCAAACCGCAGACGAGAUGGCCACUGCCGAUACUGUUGCUGUUGCGUCCAGCUCCAUCGUACCAAGUACCAGCAGGUGUUCGAUCUCGGCUGCUGGAAGCGGCGUUAAUUGUGCCACCGAAGAGGGCAAAGAGCUGAACAGUAUUGUGUUCGAGUCGUUUAGCCAUACCGGAACCAUUCUGAAGGGACUCAACGAACUGCGGAUCAAGGGCACGCUGGUCGAUGUGGCACUUCGUGCCGAUGGGAAAAUUUUUCGGGCCCACCGUGCCGUCCUAUCGGCAUGCAGCGAGUACUUCCGGGCGAUGUUUUCGAGCCACACGCGAGAGUCCCGGCUCAGUGAAAUCAGCCUAUCGAAUGUGUCCCCGCUGGGGAUCGAACUGCUGCUGGACUACAUCUAUACUGCCAAACUGACGCUGAAUCUUGCCAACAUCCAGGAGGUCCUAUCGGCCGCCAGCUACAUCCAGCUGGAGUCGGUCGUCGAGGCAUGCCUCAACUAUCUCGACCAGCAGCUCGAUCUGGACAACUACAUCGAUGUUCUCAUCAUUUCGGAAAUGUACUCCCUAAAGCGGUUGAAUCACAAGGUGUACCGUUUUAUUUGUCACCAUCUGAAUGUGAUUUCCAAAUCGCCGGAAUUUUUCCGACUGAGCGAGCGUCAAAUCGAGCUGAUUUUGGCGGGGGAUUACCCGGUGACCUGUACGGAGAUCGAGGUGCUGGGAAUUUUACUGCGCUGGAUUCAGGUAAACUGUGAUGAACCGUGCGAUCCGACUGCAAUGGGUGGUGCAGCAGCAACCUACGCCAACUAUCGGCAGCUGAUUCGUAAUCAUAUACGCUUUAUGGACAUUUCGCUGCAGGAACUUUACAACCUGCUUUGCUCGGAGGAGUUUCAGUUUCGAUGGAUUGAUAGAUACGAACUGUAUGACUUCAUCAUGAAGAUUGGGGAGCAGCAGUGCAUCAAGUACAAAAUUUCUCCUCUGAAUAAAAUCCAGAACUACCGAGGGUUGGAGCUGGCGAUCAUAAAAAUCGGAGGCUUCGAUCUGUCGGGGAUUACCAAUGAAAUUACGUACUGCUUUCCUGGAGGUGCCACCGGCACCAAUCAACCGCCGUCGGCGGUUGGAAAAACUAAACUAAUCCGAAAUCGUUCCCUUGGGGAGCCGAGCUCUAGCGCGACAAGCGAUCGCGGAAGCAAACUUGCCCCGUCCACCUCGCCGGCAGCCACCAGCAGCAAACGGAAAGAGGUUAAACUGAACGGAAAAUGGCGCUACCUCACAACGAUUCCCCACAUUAAGCAGAGCAACUUCGGAGUGGUGGUUCUGAACAACCAUCUGUACGUGAUAGGUGGUUGCUACGACAUUUCGCUGGAAGAGUACAUCCAUCCGUUCGGGUUUCGUUACUGUCCGAUCAAGAAUAAGUGGGAAACGAUAGCCCCCCUUCAGCAGGAUCGUUGUCGCUUUUCGCUCAAUGUUGUUGGCCAUAGUUUGAUCGCCGUUGGUGGUAACAGUGAAAUGGAUGACGAUGGCGAUCGGUCCGUAUCGACCUGUGAACAGUACGACCCAAUAGCCGAUAAGUGGAUUUACAUUGAAUCCCUACCGGAGUACAGAACUCAACAUGCUGGGGCGGCAUUCGGUGCUACGCUCUACAUAUCAGGUGGGUUGGACCUUUACAGUGGAGUACUGGGAUCACUCUGGAGCUACUACAGUUUCAACGAAAAGUGGGAAAAGCUGGCUAACAUGUUGCAUCCCCGGGCGGAUCACGUGAUGUUCACCAUCAACCGGAAGCUGUACGUGUGUGGCGGUUGGUACGAAGUGAACGGACAGCGUGUCCUGGCGGACAGCAUUGACUGCUAUGAUUUGUUCAGCAAAUCCCCCGCUUGGCACCAGGUGACGCAGAUUCCUACUCCCAAGUAUCACGCCGGGAUUGUGGCAGUUCAGGAGAAAAUCUACAUAAUCGGGGGCUUUGGUUCCGAUGAUAUUUUCCGUCAUACCGCGGCCAGCGUCGAGUGCUACGACGUUGCCGAGGAUCGGUGGUACAGUUUGAAACGGUAUCCGAAAAAUAUCUGGGAGCACACAUGUGCGAAUUUGUAUAUUCCGAAGUAUCGGGACGAUAUGGAGGUGAUUGAUGACAAUGAGGGUGAUGACGACGAUGAUGAUGAUGAUGAUGAUGACGAUGAGGAUGAAGAGGAAGAGCAGAAGACCGAGCGUGAAAACGUACUAGACGAUGAAAGUGAUAAUGCUAGCAGUAGCGCCAUUUGAAAGAGAAUUUCAGCGAUAAAGAAGCUCUCUGCGGUUUAGAUUAAUUCGGAAUCUAUUUAUUAA